AUGAUCAGUAUGUGCCAGGCGGUUGAAUGUGAAAGCUGAAACUCGCAGUCUUCAAUGAUGAAAUAGCCACAACCAUUUUUGCCUGGAUAUUAUAUCGGAAGAGAAAGAAACAUUCAAUACAUAAAGGAUGGCUAGGCAUGUAGCACAUAAGAUAAUAUUGUUAGCUUCAGUAUUUAUUACAGUAUUAGCAGAGGACCCAUUUUCGUGUUCGAUAGGUUGGGAACUGAGAGCGCUGAAUUGCUACAAAUAUUUUAGUGUAAAACACUCAUGGGAAAAAUCAGCUGAGCUUUGUAAACGAUAUGGUGCUGAGCUCGCAACUAUCGAAUCGUUUGAGGAGAAUGAAGCAACAAGAGAAAUUGCUCUUUUUGGCGAGUCUAGAGGACGAACGGCGAAUAUGUAUUGGUUAGGUCUUGCUUCAUUAGAUGACCUCAGAACAAACACACUAGAAUCUACAGCAGGGGGACUAGUUUCGCAAUAUUCAGGAUUUUGGGCUCUGAAUCAACCCGAUCCUGCAGCUGGAGAAUGUGUUGCGGCUUCAAACGUAAAUAGCAUGCAGUCCUGGCAGUUAGAAACGUGUGAAAAUUUGUUGCCAUUUAUGUGCAAAAGGCCUGCAUGUCCCCAAAAUUCAGUCCGAUGCUCUAAUGGGGCUUGUAUAAACCAGGCAUUCAAAUGCGAUGGAAAUGAUGACUGUGGAGAUGGAAGUGAUGAGCUGGACUGUCCAAACGCGUGUCAUUUCCACAUGCAAUCGGGUGGAGAUGUUAUUGAAUCACCAAAUUUUCCUCAAAAGUAUCCAGCAUUGGCAGGGUGUAAGUGGACACUGGAAGGACCUCAGGGCACGAACAUAAUUUUGCAAUUCCAAGAAUUUGAUACUGAAAAAAACUUUGAUAUCGUUCAGAUUUUAGUCGGAGGUCGAACUGAAAACAAAGCGGUGUCGCUGGCCACACUGUCUGGUAAGAACGAUUUAACCAGUAAACCAUUCAUCACUGCGUCAAAUUUCAUGAUUAUCAAAUUUACGUCUGACGGAAGCGUUGAGCGUAAAGGUUUUAGAGCAACAUGGAAAACUGAGCCUCAGACAUGUGGAGGCAAGUUGCAGGCAACUACCCAAGCGCAGAUGCUGAAUAGCCCAGGUUAUCCAAAAACAUACCCAGGUGGACUUGAAUGCUUAUAUAUAAUAAAAGCCCAGAACGGCCGAGUGAUUUCACUAGAAGUUGAUGAUCUAAACUUAAAUGAAGAUCGCGAUUUUAUUCUCAUUCGUGAUGGAGAUAAUGCCCAUAGUAAACCAAUUACCCGUUUAACUGGUACAUCAUUGAACGAUCGUAAUAGAGUAAUAAUUUCUACGGGCAACCAAUUAUACGUAUUUUUCAAAACAUCUCUCGGAGGCUCUAAAAAAGGAUUCAGCAUGAAGUAUACACAAGGAUGUGCAGCAACUAUAACAGCUUUGAACGGCACUGUUACUUCUCCUGCUUAUGAUCUGUCAAACUACCCUAAUAAUCAAGAAUGUUUUUUUAAGAUCAAGAACCCCAUGGGUGGCCCGCUUUCUUUACGGUUCAAAAACUUUAAAGUGCACAAAAGCGAUAAAGUUCAGAUUUUCGAUGGCUCUUCCACAUCUGGUCUGCGUCUUCAUCCUGAUUUUGGUUUCACAGGAAAUACAGUGCCAAAAAUCACACUUACAGCGUCCUCAGGAAAUAUUCUAGUAAAAUUUAUUACUGAUGCCUUACAUAACGACAAGGGAUGGUUAGCACAAUUUUCUGCGGAUUGUCCAGAUUUAAAACCUGGGUUUGGAGCCCUAGCAUCUAGUCGCGAUACAGCUUUUGGGACUAUCAUUACUUUCACAUGCCCAAUCGGUCAAGAAUUCGCAACUGGCAAAAACAAGAUUGUAACGAAAUGUCAAAACGGAGGAACUUGGAGCGUUGACUACAUUCCCAAGUGUCAAGAGGUAUACUGUGGUCCAGUUCCUCAGAUUGAUAACGGAUUUUCGAUUGGAUCUUCAAACGUGACAUACCGUGGUCUUGCAAUGUAUCAAUGCUAUGCCGGAUUUGCGUUUGCUUCGGGCAAUGCCAUUGAAAAGAUUUCCUGCUUGGCUGAUGGUAAUUGGGAACGACAACCCUCAUGCUUAGCAUCACAAUGUCCACUACUGCAAGAAGUUCCUCACGCAAAUGUUACCAUUCUGAAUGGAGGUGGACGCAGCUACGGCACAAUCGUCAGAUACGAAUGCGAAUCUGGUUAUCAGCGCAACGGUCAACCUGUGCUUAAUUGCAUGUCGAACGGAACUUGGAGUAGUCUCGUCCCUACAUGCACUCGGAAGCGAUGCUUUAAUUAUCCAGAAAUUGAAAAUGGAUUCUUUGUGGAUAGAACUCGUCAGUAUUUCUUCGGUGAUGAGGCACGUAUUCAGUGCUAUAAAGGUUAUAAGCAGAUUGGUUCCAAUAUAGUUAAAUGCAGCGCUGAUCAAGAAUUCGAUACAUUGCCAACAUGUGAAGAUAUCAACGAAUGCAUAGCAUCUCCAUGCGAUUUAGCAUCUACGGAAUGUGUAAAUACACCAGGAUCAUUCUACUGCCAGUGCAAAGCAGGUUUCUCAGCGUCCACUGAGUGUAGACCAGUUGGUGACUUAGGUUUAGCAACUGGUGGAGUCUCCGAUAACAGCAUAUCCGUAUCUUCAACUGAGGAUGGGUAUGAUAAGUCGAUGUUGAGACUGAAUUCAGCUGGUUGGUGUGGAAAUUCUAUGGAUCCAGGUGCCAACUGGGUACUGCUUGAUUUCAAAGCCCCAACAAUCAUGAGAGGUUUCCGUACUAUGUCAGUACAGCGAUUCGAUGGCAGCUUAGCUUUCACUUCUGCUAUUCGUAUUCAAUAUACAAAUGAUAUAACUGAUGUGUUCAAAGAUUAUGCGAACCCUGAUGGCACAGCUGUAGAAUUUAGAAUCCUAGAACCCACACUAUCUAUUCUCAAUCUACCAAUACCGAUUGAGUCACGAUAUGUGAGAUUUAGACUUCAAGAUUUUAUGAUAGCUCCGUGCUUGAAAUUAGAAGUAAUGGGCUGCACAAGGAUCGAUUGUAUUGAUAUUAAUGAGUGUUCAAACAAGAAUGGUGGCUGUAGACAAAAGUGUAUCAACUCACCAGGAUCGUACUCGUGUGGAUGCAAUACGGGCUAUGAGCUUUUUAUCAGCAAUGGAACAGCAGGAUUUACUAUUGAAAACUCCGAGAGUGGCGAACGCGAUGCAGAUGUGUAUCAACGGAACAAAACCUGUGUGCCGAUGAUGUGCCCCGUUCUAAGUGCACCUGAAAAUGGCAAUUUGCUAACGGACAAAACCGAUCAUCAUUUCGGUGAUGUUGUUCAGUUCCAAUGUAGUUUUGGAUACGUCAUUUCGGGAAGCACUUCGUUGCUAUGUAUGUCAACUGGAGAGUGGAACGCCACCGUACCAGAAUGUAUAUAUGCAAAAUGUGUCUCUCUACCUGAUGACAAAAACGAAGGACUUGCAGUGCUUCGUCAAGAUAAAGACAGUAUAUUAGUACCGUUCCGAGAAAAUGUUACACUGACUUGCAGUUCUCCCGGUCGCAAUCUACGAAAUUCAAUUUCUGCUGGAUUCAGACAGUGUGUUUACGAUCCAAAACCAGGUUAUCCUGAUUACUGGCUUUCCGGAACUCUUCCAUCAUGUCCACGAGUAGACUGCGGAGAACCGAUGCCUACACCAGGUGCAGAAUACGGACAAAGAGGAGAUACCAGAUACCAGAGCUCUUUCUUCUUUGGUUGUCAAAAUACAUUUAAAUUGGCUGGACAAAGUUCUAGAAAUGAUAAUGUUGUUAGGUGUAUGGAGAAUGGUGUGUGGGACUUUGGUGAUUUACGUUGUGAAGGACCUGUCUGUGAUGACCCGGGAAGACCUAAUGAUGGGUAUCAGAUCACCAAGAGUUAUGAACAAGGUUCCGAGGUGUUGUUUGGAUGUUCAAGGCCCGGUUAUAUACUUAUUAAUCCUAGACCGAUUACUUGUAUCAGAGAACCGGAAUGUAAGGUAAUCAAACCUUUGGGGCUAUCUUCCGGUAAGAUACCAGAUCAUGCAAUCAAUGCAACUUCAGAAAGACCAAACUAUGAGGCAAAGAACAUCCGUUUGAAUUCCGUUACCGGAUGGUGCGGAAAACAGGAAGCUUUUACAUAUGUUAGUGUAGACUUAGGAAAAGUAAAUCGCAUUAAAGCCAUCCUUGUCAAAGGUGUAGUGACAAACGAUAUCGUUGGAAGGCCCACAGAGAUUCGAUUCUUCUAUAAACAGGCGGAAAAUGAGAACUAUGUCGUGUACUUCCCUAACUUCAAUCUAACAAUGCGCGAUCCAGGAAACUAUGGAGAGUUAGCGAUGAUUACUCUACCGAAAUUUGUUCAGGCACGAUUCGUCAUUUUGGGUAUUGUAAGCUAUAUGGACAACGCAUGCUUGAAGUUUGAACUUAUGGGCUGUGAUGAACCAACAGCUGAUCCAUUGCUGGGUUAUGAUUAUGGAUAUUCACCUUGUGUAGAUAAUGAGCCACCAGUAUUCCAAAACUGUCCUCAACAGCCAAUAAUCGUGAAACGUGAUCAAAAUGGAGCUAUUCUACCAGUAAACUUUACAGAACCCGUGGCCAUCGAUAACUCAGGAUCAAUUGCAAGGCUAGAAGUGAAACCUCAAAGCUUCAAGACUCCAUCUUAUAUUUUCCAAGACACUAUAGUAAAGUAUGUAGCAUUCGAUUACGAUGGCAAUGUUGCUAUUUGCGAAAUCAACAUCACCGUACCUGAUAUUACUCCGCCAUCUUUGAGUUGUCCGCAAAGCUUUGUCAUAGAGUUAGUUGACAAGCAGGAUAGUUACGUAGUAAAUUUCAACGACACGAGAAAACGUAUUAAAGUUUCGGAUAACUCUGAUGACGUUACUAUUAAGUACAUUCCUGAAAGUGCUACUAUUCCAAUUGGAGGAUUUGAAAAUGUCACUGUAGUUGCCACCGAUAGGUUCAACAAUAAGGCAACAUGCAACUUCCAGGUGUCAGUACAAGCAACACAAUGUGUCGACUGGGACUUGCAGCCUCCAAACAAUGGAGAUAUUAACUGCAAGUCCACCGACAAAGGAAUUGACUGUACCGCAACGUGUAAACCAGGAUUCCGAUUUACAGAUGAAGAUACUGUCAAGAAUUUUUCAUGUGAAACUAAACGGUUAUGGAAGCCAUCAUCAGUUGUUCCUGACUGUGUUUCUGAAAACACUCAACAAGCUGACUAUCACGUUACUGCUACAACAAUAUACAGGGCUAAUGGUGCUGUAGCUUCGUCUUGUUUACUACAGUAUCAAGAAAUGCUUGGCAAAUAUUAUCCAAAUCUGAACAAUAUUUUGUCACAACGUUGCUCUGCAGUUAAUGUAAAUAUGAAUGUAUCGUUUAUCAAAUCGGUUCCUAAGCUACUGGAGGAAAACAUGAUCCAAAUAGACUUUAUUCUGUCUAUCGUUCCUGCCAUCAAACAACCUCAAUUAUAUGAUCUUUGUGGAUCCACACUGCAAUUGAUCUUUGACCUAAGUGUGCCGUAUGCAAGUGCUGUUAUUGAACCAAUAUCUAAUGUAUCUGCUAUUGGUAAUCAAUGCCCUCCACUUAGAGCAUUGAAGAGCUCCAUAUUACGAGGUUUUACUUGUUCAGCCGGAGAAGUUUUGAAUAUGGACACUAGCGAUGUUCCACGGUGCUUACAUUGUCCUGCUGGAACGUAUGCUGGAGAAAAUCAGAAAACAUGCACUCCAUGUCCAAAAGGAUACUACCAAAAUAGGGAACGCCAAGAAUCAUGCCUAAGAUGUCCAUCUGGAACGUACACUAGAGAAGAUGGGUCAAAGAACGUUGCUGCUUGUGUACCUGUAUGCGGUUAUGGAACUUAUUCUCCAACCGGUUUAGUUCCAUGUCUGGAAUGUCCUAUCCAUUCAUUCUCUAGUGAGCCACCUACCGGUGGAUUCAAAGAUUGUCAGGCUUGUCCCACAAGCACUUUUACAUUCCAACCUGCCGCUCAAUCCAAUGAUCAGUGUCGCAAAAAGUGUUCACCUGGGCAAUAUUCACCAACUGGACUUGCACCGUGCUCGCCAUGUCCGAAGAAUUUCUAUCAAAAUAUUGAGGGAAUGUUGACCUGUAAUGAAUGUCAAACGGGAAUGAAAACGGAUGGAUCUGGUGCAACAGGACGCGAAGAAUGCAAACCAGUAAUGUGCAAUGAGAAUUCUUGUCAACAUGGAGGCCUAUGUGUGCCAAUGGGUCAUGAAAUACAAUGUUUCUGUCCAGCAGGCUUUUCUGGUAGACGUUGUGAGAUUGAUAUUGACGAAUGCGCAUCUCAACCGUGUUAUAAUGGAGGUACGUGCAAAGAUCAUCCUCAAGGUUAUAAAUGUACCUGUGCUCAAGGCUACUCUGGUAUCAAUUGUCAAGCAGAGAAAAGCGAUUGCGGUAACGACACGUGUCCUUCGAGAGCCAUGUGUAAGGAUGAACCUGGUUAUAAUAAUUUCACUUGCUUGUGCCGCAGUGGAUACACUGGAGAAGAAUGUGAUAUAACGAUAGAUCCAUGUACAGCGAAUGGUAAUCCUUGCAAGAAUGACGCAUCGUGUGUUGCACUUCAACAGGGCCGUUUCAAAUGUGAAUGUCUACCAGGCUGGGAAGGUCAGCUUUGUGAAACUAACACAGAUGAUUGUGCAGAAAAUCCAUGUCUGUUAGGAGCAAACUGUACGGACUUAAUAAAUGAUUUUGCCUGUGUAUGUCCCAAUGGAUUCACUGGUAAGCGGUGUCAAGAGAAGAUAGACUUGUGUCUAUCGGAACCUUGCAAUCAUGGCAUGUGUAUUGAUAGAUUCUUUUAUCACGAAUGUGUGUGCCUGCCAGGCUGGACAGGAGAAUCCUGUAACAUCAAUAUAAACGAUUGUGCAAGCGAUCCAUGCCAAAACAACGGUGAUUGUAUAGAUUUGAUCGAUGGAUAUCAGUGUAGUUGCGAACCUGGUUACACAGGCAAGAAUUGUCAGCAUUUCAUCGAUGAUUGCGCUAGUAACCCAUGUCAAAACAGUGCAACAUGUGUCGACCAACUUGAUGGAUUCCAAUGUAAAUGUCGACCAGGGUUCGUUGGAUUACAGUGUGAAACUGAGAUUGAUGAAUGCUUAAGUGAUCCAUGCAAUCCCACUGGAACUGACCGAUGCCUCGAUAAGGACAACACCUUUGUCUGCCAAUGUAGGGAUGGAUAUACAGGAGCACUGUGUGAGACUGAUAUUGAUGAUUGUGAAGAUGCACCAUGUCUCAACGGAGGCGUAUGCCAGGAUCGUGUUGGAGUUUAUGAAUGCGAAUGCCCAGCUGGUUGGAGCGGUUAUCGUUGUGAACACUUGAUCGAAUCAUGUGAACCAGCACAUCCAUGUAAAAAUGAUGCUCGUUGUGUUGAUUUGUUUGAAGACUACUUCUGUGUAUGUCCAAGUGGAACAGAUGGCAAACAGUGUGAAACUGCACCAGACAGAUGUAUCGGUAACCCGUGCAUGAAUGGAGGACAAUGUAAGGACUAUGGAUCUGGAUUGAACUGUUCUUGUUCCAUGGACUACGCUGGAGUUGGAUGUCAAUAUGAAUACGAUGCAUGCGAAGCGAAAGUUUGCAAAAACGGUGCAACCUGUGUGGACCAUGGAAGUGGAUACAAAUGUGUUUGUCCUGCUGGGUUCACUGGUGAAAAUUGUGACCAAGACAUCAUUGACUGUAAAGACAACUCAUGUCCACCAGGAGCAACAUGCAUUGACUUAACAGAAGGUUUCUACUGUCAAUGUCCCUUCAACUUGACUGGAGAUGAUUGUAGAAAAACAAUUCAGGUAGAUUAUGACUUGUACUUCAGUGAUCCAACGCGAUCAUCAGCUGCACAAGAGGUUCCGUUCUACACGGGUUCACCCGAUAGUUUCACAAUUGCAUUGUGGGUACAGUUUGCUCAGAAGGAUGAUACGGGCAUAUUUGCUACUUUCUACGCUGUUGAUUCCGCGCACGAUGUUGUGGAAAGACGUGUUAUCCUGCAAGCUCACUCAAGUGGUGUUCAAGUGUCACUGUUUGCAGACAUACAGGAUGCUUUCCUGGCAUUCAGAGAGUACACCACAAUCAACGACGGCCAGUGGCAUCACGUAGCAGUUGUAUGGGAUGGAAAGACUGGUCAACUUCAGCUCAUCACCGAAGGAUUGAUUGCCGGUCGUACUGAAUACGGUGCUGGACGUACAUUGCCUGCUUAUGCUUGGUCAGUCCUUGGUCGUCCUGCAUUAAAACCAAAUGAAACCAACUCUGUUGCUUACAACGAAGCUGGCUUCCAAGGAAAAAUUACUAAGGUCCAGAUUUGGAGUAGAGCAUUAGAUGUUUCGUCGGAAAUUCAGAAGCAAGUCAGAGACUGCCGUAGUGAACCUGUUCUGUACAAAAAUUUGAUUUUGAACUGGGCUGGAUAUGAAAAUAGCACUGGUGGUGUAGAAAGAUCUGUUCCUUCGUCAUGUGGCAGAAGGAAAUGUAAAUCUGGUUACACAGGAGCUCAAUGUAAACAGUUGGAACAUGAUAAGGAAGCACCCAAGGUUGAACACUGUCCGGAUGAUUUGUGGAUAAUUGCCAGGAACGGUUCUUCAAUUGUUAAUUGGGAUGAACCCCAUUUCAGUGAUAAUGUUGGUGUAACGAAAAUAAUUGAACGAAAUGGUCGACGUUCUGGACAGAGUUUCCUUUGGGGCAGUUAUGAUAUCACGUAUAUUGCUUAUGAUGCCGCUGGAAACACAGCUAGUUGUAGUUUCAAGGUGACAUUAUUAUCAGAUUUCUGCCCGCCAUUGCCUGAUCCUAUCGGAGGAUCGCAAAACUGCAAAGACUGGGGUGCCGGUGGACAGUUCAAGGUAUGUUCAAUUGCUUGUAACCCUGGCAUGAAGUUUUCGGAAACCGUUCCUGAAUUUUAUACGUGUGGUGCGGAAGGAUUCUGGCGACCAACUGAAGAUCCGUCAACACCACUUGUGUAUCCAUCAUGUUCGCCUGCACGACCUGCUCAACGCAUUUUCAGAAUCCAAAUGUUAUUCCCAUCCGACGUUCUAUGUAAUGAAGCAGGGCAAGGAGUGCUCCGUCAAAAAGUAAAAAAUGCUGUAAACUCUUUGAAUAGAGAUUGGAACUUCUGCUCAUAUUCAAACGAAGGAUCACGUGAAUGCAAAGAGCUUCAAAUAAAUGUCAAAUGUGAUCGUUAUCGCCACUCAAACGAUAUCGUGAAACGCCAAGCUGUUAAUCAACCUGCCAAACAAGAUGUGAGCACAUACGUUAUGGAUGCCAGUAUUCCUAUCACAGGCAAUAAAGAUGGUGCUCAAUUUAUCACUGAAGACAGAACGCGUCAAAGUAGGCAACAGAAUGGCGACACCUAUACGUUGGAGAUGGUAUUUCCUGCGGUUAACGAUCCUGUGUUACAUUCUUCGAGCGGCGAAAGAUCAGAUGUGCGCUCUCUACUCGAGAAGCUUAUCCUUGAAGAUGAUCAGUUUGAUGUACAGGACAUACUUCCCAAUACGUUCGCUGAUCCAGCAUCUCUGGUACUGAAUUCUGAUUACGCAUGCCCAGUUGGCCAAGUGGUACAGGUUCCAGACUGUGUUCCGUGCGCUGUUGGUACGUAUUUCAACACUACGAGCAAAACAUGCAUCGCCUGUCCAAGAGGAUCAUAUCAAUCGGAGAUUGGCCAACUACAGUGCAAAAGCUGUCCUAACAUUGCUGGCCGAUCCGGUGUCACUUCUAUUACCGGAGCACGAUCUGCAGCUGAAUGCAAAGAACGAUGUCCUACUGGGAAAUAUUUGGACACUGAUACUGGCUUAUGCCAACCAUGUGGAUAUGGGUUCUAUCAACCAAACGAGGGUUCUUUCUCGUGUGAAAUCUGUGGAUUGGGACAAACGACUAGGAUUCCUGAAGCAACGUCGAAAUCUGAGUGCCGAGAUGAGUGCAAGUCAGGCAUGCAGUUGGGAGUUGAUGGAAAAUGUGAAGCAUGUCCUCGAGGAUCCUAUAGAACUCAGGGUGUACAACCGGCUUGUGCUGCCUGUCCUCUAGGAAGAACAACACCAAAGGCUGGAGCUGCCAGUAUCGAAGAAUGCUCUCUGCCAGUUUGCGCUCCUGGAACCUAUCUCAACGGAACUGUCAAUAUUUGUGUAGAAUGUGGUAAAGGAUUCUACCAGCCUGAAAAACAGCAGACCUUCUGUAUACCAUGUCCACCAAAUCAUAGCACAAAAACGAAUGCAGCUACAAGCAAAGCCGAAUGCAUAAAUCCAUGUGCAAAUGUAGCAGAUGGACUGCAGCAUUGUGAUCCUAAUGCAUUCUGUAUUCUUAUGCCAGAGUCUUUCGACUUCGAAUGUGAAUGUAAACCAGGUUUUAAUGGAACCGGAAUGCAGUGCACAGAUGUAUGCGAUGGAUUCUGUGAGAAUUCCGGUCAAUGCGUGAAGGACAUCAAGGGAGUUCCUUCCUGUCGCUGCAAAGGAUCAUUCACUGGCACAAAGUGUACUGAGCGCUCUGAGUUUGCUUACAUUGCGGGUGGUAUCGCAGCCACAGUAAUAUUCAUCAUUUUGAUUGUUCUUUUAAUUUGGAUGAUUUGUUCAAGAGCAAACAAGCGACGUGACCCCAAGAAAAUACUCUCGCCUGCAACGGAUCAAACGGGUUCUCAGGUGAACUUUUACUAUGGAGCCCACACACCAUAUGCAGAAAGCAUAGCUCCUUCUCACCACAGCACAUAUGCACACUACUAUGAUGAUGAAGAGGAUGGAUGGGAAAUGCCAAAUUUUUAUAACGAAAGUUAUAUGAAAGAAGGAUUACAUGGUACAAACGGGAAACUGAAUUCCUUAGCACGAUCAAACGCUUCUUUGUAUGGAACAAAGGAGGAUCUGUACGACAGACUGAAAAGGCACGCCUACACAGGCAAGAAAGAAAAAAGUGACAGUGACAGUGAAGGAAAUUAAUCGCUUUCCUCAAAACCUAUAUUAAUGAUUUUAACUCACUGAAACAACACCAAGAUGAUGGUUGCCAUCUUUUAACUUCCCGCUGGCGCAAUACUCAACCAUUCAGUUAUUUUCAUUCGGGAAGAAUAUUUAAUACAUUUUUUCAGGUAACGUCAUCUAGAUUUAUGGUUCAAAAUUAAGUGCAACAAACAAUGAGAAGAAGAUAAAAACCUAUGAUUAUCUAGAUAUGUUUCGGACUUUAUCUGGAAGUUUUGUUAUGUUUUGGAGCACUAUUGUCAAAUAUAUUUUAAUUGAUUUAGGCUAAUAGACUAGUAGAAAUGAAUAUCCAAUAAAACUGAUAUCCCUUUCAUCUGUUUUAA